UUUCCUUUUUUUCAUCAAACCACACCAACAGUCGACUGAUAUCUCGUAGGGAAAACAAACGAAUUCAUGAAACAUCAAGUACAUAGACCCCAAAAAACCUAGAUACCAAACAGUGCAUCAACUAGCUUAACACUGAAAUUUGGAAAUUAAGAUUUCACGAACAAUCACCGACAUCAAGAAAUUCCUCGCACCAACUAAAACUUAGAAUAAUCAUCUAACACAAUGUCGAACUCAGUUGAAGACAACAAGUUCGAAAGCGGACUAAUUGAAGCGCUACAAACAUUACCAAAAGGUAUUGUUGAUUUGUUUUCAGCCUUGAAUAUCAUUCUCGCGACUUUCGCUUUCCUGGGUAACAUUCUUGUCAUCAUUGCUCUUUGCCGAGUAUUAUCCAUUGCUCCAUCGACAAAACUCUUUUUCCGAUGCCUGGCAGUCAGUGAUCUUUGUGUGGGCAUCAUCGUUCAACCGAUUUACAUCUAUGCCACAAUCGUUAUGUCGAGUGGGAAAACAGUGACAUUUUUCAAAGUUGGCGGUGUACUAAGCGCGGUUUUGUGCGGGGUAUCUGUCAUGACUUCAACUGCUGUAAGCGUGGACAGACUGUUAGCCCUGCAUUUGGGGAUAAGAUACAGACAUGGUGUAUCAUCAAAGCGAGUUCGCCUUGUUAUUGUCAGUUUUUGGGCCAGUUCGAUUUUAUCGGCACCACUUUGGGUGUGGAAAAGAGACAUUGCCUUUAAGCAAGCCUCUGUGGCGAUCCUAAUUUGUUUUGUGGCUUCAAUAGUCUCAUACGCCAAGAUUCAAUCGAAACUACGAAAACAUCAAGGGCAAAUUGAAAACCAUGUUACCGGAACAAAACCGAGCGGGGAAGGGAACUCAUUCAAUGUAGCCAAAUACAAAAAGACAGUGUCUAGCAUAGUGUGAGUGCAAUUGGCAUUAGUUUUCUGCUACCUGCCUUUUGGGGUUGUAUCUGGGAUUGGAAUAAACAACGGAGUAGAUUGGUUAGCUGCAAUAACAUUGCUUUACUUUAACUCAUCUCUAAAUCCGAUCCUCUACUGCUGGAGGAUAAGACAAGUGCGACAUGCAGUCAAUGACAUAUUCAAGCAGCUGUACUGUUGUUAAACAAAUGCGAGUCGAUGGGCGCAAAGAUAGAAACAGUGUGAAAUGGAAGAGGAUGGCAAAGAAGAAGAUUUUAUAAUAGGAAUAGACAAGGAAGAAGGAGGAAAGAUUACUUCACAUAGAGAAUAGGGAUAGGGAAUAGGGAAUAGGUGAUGUGUACACUAUUCAUGAUUAGAGAUAAACGAAAAACGUGGCGAGGUAAAUACUGUGAAUAUACUGUUAUUUGGAACUUUUUUUGCUUCUAGAAAUCUCCAGUCUGCUGAGUCAAGCUGACUUGUAUACCGUAGAACUUUCCACAACAUUUCAUUCCGUCACACAUUUAUUAUGUAAUAAUACUAGAAUAGUUGUUAUAUAAGCUUCUGGAAUGUUCCACAACAUUUUGUGAAUGGAGCGACGAAUGUUUUGAAAGUUAUACCAAGAGAGAAUCACCGCGGAAGGCCGCUUAUUUCAAAGAACUUUGGAGAGAUUGUGUCGGUCGUGAGCUAGGAUAUAGAAUUUGCUGGGCUUAAUUAAGUUUAUUAACGAUGAGUAUUGUACUAAGUUUGAGAGUCGCUCCUUGUUUAGAACAUUACUCGCUGUUCAAUAAAGUAGUUGAUUUUGUAAGAUCGUUUUUCUGUCGGUUAAAUUAUACCGUAACAAUACAGUAUAGUUUCAAACUGAAGGCGAUACACACUUCGAAUGAUCUCGAACUUUAGGCUGCGUCCGGUCGACUUACGACGAAGUGUAGAUGUCAUUCUACCCUGGAUACUUUGAGUCCCCAGU